ACGAACACACUUGUCUUCUCUUAAAACGCAGUCGCACAGAGAGUUUGCAUUGCACACACAGGUCGCAGGCGCGCGCAUCCGCACCACGGCGCCCCAUCCCUCCCGUCAGCGUCGCUGCCUGCCUGCCUGCCUGCGUCCGCUCGCAACUGCAACGACAGGGAGGCGCGCGGGGAGGGAGAGGGACAAACCGAGAAAGGCACGGCACAGCUGCCUGCCUCGGCCCUCGGCACGCGCUCGCGCCCUGGUGACUGGUGAACACUGAGGACUGGAGGCGGUGGGCGCGGCGGGUCCAGCCACCGCGCGGUUCACGGCGGGGCGCGGCGCGGGCGAAUGCCGGCCGUUUCAACGGCGGGCGGAUCGGCCUGUUCCCCUGGCGCUGCUGGCGCCCCCCCUAGGCGGUGACUGCGAGGCCCGAUCCUGAGGCGGGCGGCGACUCCGAGAGGGCGGUUGGCUGGUUUUCUUGCCAAGUGCCAGUCAGUCUCUCUCGUCUCGGCGACGCCGCGCGAAGGUCGGAACUCGGAAUCCUCUUCCCGGCGUCGUCAUCCCACCCCCGUCGGUUCCCUUCUAACUCCUGGCUCCUGGGGCCGCCGCCGAGCCGAGGAGAGGCGCACGCGCCUCGGGAAUGGAGCUGGCGCCUCCGCUCCGCCUACGGGAUCCGAGCCUGGGAUGGCUUCCUGCAACUUGCGCAGGUACGUACGUACGGCGCAAUUCACAGACUUCUUCAGUCCAGUACCGCGCACUGACUGUGAAAAAAAAGGAUUUAUUUCUUCUAGUACGAUGCCAUUUCUUGGUUUCACCACAGCACCGUUGCAGGAAAGCAAAUCGAGUUUUCUUUUCCCUUGGAACACACUUGUUGGUCGAUGCGUGCGUGCUUUUUUUGCCUUUUCAAAAAAAAUGGGCAAAGAGAAUGCACUGGAAUCGCGCUUUUGUUAGUAGUAAUUGAGCGUUUCGAAUCUGAAUGGAGCAGGUCGGGGUCGGGCAUGUAGUAUUUUACAUUGUGGGCUUGCAGCAGCAUUUUACAUUGUCAAUUCUCAAGCUUGGUGCAUCGGUGGGGUAUGACUUUAUUUAUGAGAACGUGGGAGUGUGAAAACUCUCGGUUAUCUUUUUUCGGAGAGGAUCUUUUACUAAUCCCACCGGUACAUCUACUGUUGCAAAUCUCCUUUGGGGGUGUCGAGAUAGCGAUGGAUCCCGCCUUCCUUUUGUCCUAAGCUGUGGGGGGGUCUGAGAUACCUCCUCCUGACUUCCUCAGUGUGCCGUGCUGCGGCCCAUGAUCGCCCCCAUGAACGAGCAGAGGACCACACCUCUUCCCUUUGGUUUCUUGCAUCUGAGACCACCUGCUUUACGUGCUGGACUUUUGGCUUCGUGCUGACUGCCUUUUGCCAAAGCAUUCUGGCCCUUGAGAAAAACAACGGCAUUAGGUGUGGUUAUUGCCUUAUUGGGUUUAGGUUAGGUGCCCUGCGACGCUGCUUUUGUCUAGGUUACACAUGUGCAAGGGAGUCCACCAGCGUGCCGUGCCUCACCUACAGGGCUGCUGCUGCUGCUGCUUUGUCACCACCCUUGUCUCUGCUCUGGUUAUGUCCAUGCGCGGUUGCUUAGGCGUGGUGUCUGUUUUCUUAACACAGUGGAGUUACCCUUUUUCAGAAAAAAAGGCUAAAGAAUGAUACGUAGCUACUAGCUAAAAGAUGUGUUGGCCUCUUUUAUAUGGCACAUGAUCCUAGCUGUCCUUUUGGUAAAGAGAUUGAGAUAAACCAGCAGAUCUGUUUGGGUUCGGGCCUUUCGGUUGAGCCUAAAGACUAAAGAGAAGACAAGAUGCGUCAUUCUGCUACAGAGAGGAGAUUGCUGUGUGCAAGUUGAAAUAUCAAUGUGGGCACCACUUUUGUCAGUCUCAUGAAUUUAAAUGGAUCAUUCCAAGACUCAAGUGUGAUGAACUGAUGGGGACUCUUGGACUAUAACUGGUUUCCUCUUAUUCUUCCAGCCAAUCCUGACAAAUGUGGCAUCUCAAGCUGAUAGCUUUAAUUUAUGGCUCUCUUUUCUUUAUGCACAUUCCAUAUGCUAGAGGUUCUGACCUAAACACCGAUAAGCAGGCCCUUCUUGCAUUUGCUGCAUCACUGCCUCAUGGCAGAAAGGUCAACUGGACCUCCACAACCCAAGUCUGCACGUCCUGGGUUGGCAUUACAUGCACACCGGACAUGAAGCGUGUGCGUGAAGUCAGGUUACCUGCAAUAGGGCUCUUUGGUCCUAUCCCAUCAGGCACACUUAGCAAGCUCGAUGCCUUGGAGGUGUUGAGCCUUAGGUCAAACCGUCUUACUAUUAAUCUCCCUCCUGAUGUACCAUCUAUUCCCUCACUUCGCUCUCUUUAUCUUCAACACAAUAACCUGUCUGGAAUCAUACCAAGUUCACUUUCUUCCAGUCUAACAUUCUUAGACCUGUCCUAUAACUCGUUCAAUGGAGAAAUACCAUCGAAGGUGCAAGACAUCACUGAACUGACAGCAUUGCUUCUCCAGAACAACUCUCUUUCUGGACCCAUCCCUGACCUUCGCCUCCCCAAGUUGAGACAUUUGGAUUUGAGCAACAAUAACCUGAGUGGACCUAUACCACCCUCCCUGCAGAAGUUCCCAGCUACUUCUUUUCUGGGAAAUGCCUUUCUGUGUGGAUUUCCAUUGGAACCAUGUCCAGGGACACCACCUGCUUCUCCAUCGUCGCCAUCGUCCCAAAAUGCCAAAAGAAGCUUCUGGAAAAAGCUCAGCCUUGGUAUCAUAAUUGCAAUAGUUGCUGGAGGAGGGGUUGUAUUCAUAUUGAUCCUGAUCCUCUUGGUAUGUAUCUUCAAAAGAAAGAAAAAUGCAGAGUCUGGCAUAGGAUCAUCUUCAUCCAAAGGAAAGGCAAUUGCAGGUAAAAGGGGAGAAAAAUCCAAGGGGGAAUACAGCAGCAGUGGUAUUCAAGAAGCAGAGAGAAAUAAACUGUUUUUCUUUGAGGGCUCUUCAUAUAAUUUUGACUUGGAGGAUCUGUUGAGGGCUUCGGCUGAAGUCCUUGGAAAAGGAAGUUAUGGGACUACGUACAAAGCUGUUCUGGAGGAUGGAACAACAGUGGUGGUCAAGAGAUUGAAGGAAGUGGUGGCGGGAAAGAGGGAAUUUGAACAGCAGAUGGAGCUAAUUGGCAAGGUUUGCCAUCAUCAGAACACUGCCCCAUUGCGUGCUUACUACUACUCCAAGGAUGAGAAGCUCUUGGUGUAUGACUAUGUCCCACUAGGUAGCCUUUGUGCUGCUUUGCAUGGUAACAAAGCUGCUGGAAGAACCCCAUUGGACUGGGAGACCAGGGUGAAGAUAGCUCUGGGCACUGCACGCGGAAUGGCUUAUCUUCACUCCGUGGGUAGCGGCGGGAAGUUCAUUCACGGGAACAUCAAGUCAAGCAACAUCCUUCUCUCACAGGAACUCGGCGCCUGCGUCACCGAGUUCGGCCUUGCCCAGCUCAUGUCCACGCCCCACGUCCACCCGCGGCUCGUCGGGUACCGGUCGCCCGAGGUCCUCGAGACCAGGAAACCGACGCAGAAAUCUGACGUCUACAGCUUCGGCGUCCUCCUCCUCGAGAUGCUCACAGGCAAAGCCCCUCUCAGGUCCCCCGGGCGCGACGACUCCAUCGAACACCUCCCGAGGUGGGUGCAGUCCGUGGUCCGGGAGGAGUGGACGUCGGAGGUCUUCGACGUCGACCUGCUGAGGCACCCGAACCUAGAGGACGAGAUGGUCCAGAUGCUCCACGUCGCGAUGGCAUGCGUCGCGGUCGUCCCCGACGAGCGGCCUCGGAUGGAGGAGGUGGUCGGCAGGAUCGAGGAGAUCCGGAGCUCCUACUCGGACACGAAGACGUCCCCGGAGGACAAUCCGAGGGAGGGCGCUUUCUAAUAAAUCACCGAGUACCACACGUACCGGAACGGCAGUGACUUGCCGUCUACAGAAAGUAGGUCGGUUGGUUUGACAGCUCUGUGUCCAGUGAAGCUUUGCAGUCAGUCAGUUGAUUAUUCCUGAUCAUUCUUUGGUAAAAGUUGUUUUCUGUUCUUGGUUCCAUGAGGUAGCCCCGGAACGCUGGUGGUGGUUUCGUUUCAUUAGCGCUGCUGAUUACUGUAGGGUGUUGUUUGUGGAUCGUGCCGCGACUCGGUUUCGUAUUCGUUUGAGGCAGCCCGACUCUUUCAAGUUUGAUUUAUUGAAUGCGCAUAAGUUUUUGCCA